AUGAGGAUGCUCUUCGUCUUAUUAGUGCUUCUCAUAUAUUCAUUAAAUAGCAUAGGAGUCGACACAAGAGCGUCGGGAUGUGGUAAACAACAAAUCAUAAGGACAUCCAAAGUAGUCGGUGGUAAUCAUAGCUAUGAUGGAGAGUUCCCGUGGACUGUAUCCAUACGCAGAAACGGCAAUCAUCACUGUGGAGGUGUCAUAAUAGGCCAGCGCUGGAUAUUAACAGCCGCCCACUGUGUCCAAAGUCAGCUGAGCACCAAUUUUAUUGUCCGCAUCGGCGAGUAUGACCUGCACCGGGCCGACCACAACACACGUGACUACACCGUUGAGAGGAUUGUUAUACACGACAAUUACAGUCGUAAUUCAGGCUUCAAAAGUGCAAACAUUAACAACGCUGACAUAGCAUUACUGAAAACACACGGAGACAUUCACUGGAAUGAGUACGCGUGGCCCGUAUGCUUCCCGCCCACUGAUGUCCAAUCACUGGCCGGUCGGGAAGGUAUAGUAGUUGGUUGGGGCAAAAAGACAGAGAAAAGUGAUAAUUAUAGUGACAAAUUGCAAAAAGUCAAACUGUCUAUUAUUGACAACAAAAUAUGUGAACAAUGGUUCCGUAUGGCCGGUAGGGAUAUGCAAAUACACGAUCGACUCAUAUGUGCCGGUUAUAAGGUUGGCGGUCGCGACGCCUGUCACGGAGAUUCAGGUGGACCUCUACUUCUCAAACAUCAAAGCCACAUGUAUAUUACAGCUUCAGGAGGACAGGAAUAUUAUUUUGUUGCCGGAAUCGUAUCGACGGGAAUCGGCUGUGCCCGACCACUAAUGCCUGGAUUAUACUCCAAUGUUUUCUCGUAUAUGAAUUGGAUUUAUAAGUAUUUGAAUCAGUAAACAGUAAAUGAAUUGAAUCACCAAAACAACUGUAAAUAGACUAAUACACAGAUUGAUGAGUAAAAUGCCAAAGAUUUUGAGGCCAAUAACUAUAUAAUAACGAUAACAACGAUAUAACUCAACGUCUACUCAACAACUUUGAUGACAAUUACAAUAACAAUGACAAUAAUGGAAGAGUUCUUAGCGUUCACUUCAAUGCAAAUCUCUUAGAGUAAAGAAAUCCAUUAAAUUCUUGAGUGAAGAUUCUGUUGAUUCGCUAAAACGAGACAAUCAUUUCCAACAAUAAUAAUAAUAAUAAUAAUACCGUAAUAAUAACAAUAACAUCGU